UAACAAUAAGUAUCUGCUUCGUGUAAUAAUGAUGCACACGUCAUCAUCUACCCAUGUGGGGUGGGAGGGACUAGGAAAGAGCACCGAGUUUGUCGAUCCGUGGUCAAUGAAAGAAACCCGCUCUCUCAGUUUGCUUAUAUGCAGCCGUUCCGUUCGUCUACCUGUCCUCCCUCAGAUACGCGAUGCAAGGGAUUGCAGACAAGCACAUUUAUCGGAUACAAAACCAAUUGAAUCGGCGUUUCGGUCACCACAUCCUAUCCCAGUGGUAAAAGGCAAACUGCCUAGACAACAAGGAAAAACAACGCGUACCCCAGUAAAAAGGCAUUCUCCUGGAAACUCCACGUGGGUGCAGAAUGCGGUUACUCCCCUUGAAACUCCUCCAAGCCACACCAUAAAUACGGAACGAUCACUUUUCACACCCAGUCAGUCAACCAUCAGCAAAACUGAUUUUUAUCCUGCUACACCGCGCAUAAAUCCACAGCUGCCUAGACAGAGUUCUUGAUGGAGGUGGCUAAAAGUGGAUUUCGAAGGCGAUUGUAUACGUGAUAUUACCUUGACAACUUCUAGUAUUUCCAUUCAUCUUUUGCGCCUCAGUCAGUUCUUCUUCAGGUAACAAUUUUCUUGACUUUCGAUAGAUUAUGUUGCACUUGGAUAUUUUGAUAAAUAUAUUUGUUCGCUUCAGUUGACCGAAAGUGGCCGGUGCACCAAAACACAAUGGGUCUAUGU